AUGAUUGGAAGUGAGGCGCGGCCGUUGGGGCUCGCGCGUUUCGUGGUAUGGGUAUCACAACGCAUAUCAUCUUUCACUCUCGCAACAUCGUCAGCAAAGAGACCAUAUCAUGUAAGACAGCAUCAGCACCCACCCACUCACCGAGUGAUGCUCGUUGUGGCCACCACCAUGUCUGCCUACCAACUGUACAGCAAUACAUUGUCCGUCGAAGGCCUGGAGGACUCCAUCGAACCUCAACCCGUGAUCGACCUCCUCAGAUACAGAGGCUUUCCUCAGACUGCACGCCAACGUGAGCUGGCCAAAGAAGCCACCAGGUUCGCCGCCAACGCCAUCUACCUCUUCUGCCACCACGUCACGCCCGUGCUAGAAGCUCGACGCAAAGCUCUCCUUGCCACCAGCACCAGGCGCAAGAAGUAUCACAAGAGCGCUGACCUCAUCUGGAGGGCGCUUCCGCACGAUCAGAGCUUCUUCUGGGAGCAUCAUGCGCAGCUGGUGCGGCAAGCUCUGAAGGACGGUACGCUUUCGGCCGAGCAGUGUCUUCAGAACGCGGGCUUUCGCGACGAGUGGCUGGCGUAUCGACGUUUUGCGGAGAUGGCGGUGGCGGAUUACCUUGAGCUGCCGAUGCCUGAGUACGUGCAGGAGGCGCCACCAGACGAUCUGCAUCUGGGCGAGCAGUCAGCGGCAUCUGCACCGCCACCGCACAAGUCUGAUGCUGAAGCUCUGGCUCUUGCAGUGUCCAGGAUGCAGGCAAUGGAUGAUGCUCUGGAGCGGAAAGGGCCCUACGUCUUGGACAACACCAAGGACCAUAUACUCCCAGCCUAUGUGCCGACCGACAUGCUCUCUGACAAGACGAUGGACCGAAAGCUCUACGGCCCACGUCCAAACCUGCGGCCAAUGCUCAAAGGGGUAGAGACCCACGUCGCCGACUCAGGCGAGUACGCAUCUCCCCCAAGAGUCUCUCCAAGCAUCCUAGACAAUCUGGGAAUGCAGCUGGGUCACUAUCGGACUUCGUCACGGAAUACCGACACCCUCCUCGACACCCUCUCUGAAACCUUCGGUCCCGUCACCUCCCGCAUGAUCUUCGGCAACUUCGUCCAGCUCUAUCCAUACACCGUCGUUCACAAUGCGGCCACCAGCAAACACGCCACCGCACUCCUCCGUCAACUCGCAGAUCUGCUCGAUCCCACUGGCAAAGAGUUCUUCUACUACUACGUUUACCCACAUCUCUGGAAGUACAUCAAGCCAACGGAAGUCGAUGAGACGAUUGCAGCUGUGGCUCAUGGUUUGUGGCAGUUCUUGAAAGGAGAGGACAAAGAAGGAUGGAGACGUGCCAGCAGGGAUGCGAAGAAAUUACUGGGAGAUGGAGACAUCAAUGGAUUGACGAGGCUGGCACUGGAGAGCAAGGAUCCCGACACUUUGAAGUUGCAUGAGAUGAUGAGAAAGGCUUUGAGGGAGGACAAGAUGAGGAGGGUGGAGCUGAGGGAGAUGAAGCGCGAGCGGGAAGGCCUCUCGGAAACAGAGUUGUGA